AUGCAAAAUUUAAUGAAGUGCAUCAAGUAUUUUAGUUUCUUUAGUCUUGUUAACUUAGCAGAUCAAAUGAUAGGAAAUAGUCUCACUGCUACCGAACACUCGAAAUUGGAAAGCAACUUUGACCGAGCGUUCAAAUGGACGGAUUUUCACAUUUUAGAGCAGGAGAAGCACGGUUACCUAAAAGAGCAAGAGCUCGAACCCGAUGGAAGAUACGUGUCAAGAAUUUUCUUCUUUACGCCAGACGGCAAUUUUAUCGAGGAUGCAUAUAACAAACACGAGAAGGCCGACAAUGAACACAAAUACUUUUAUGGUAGUCCCUCGCACAUCGCGGAAACCCAGUUAUUCGUUUUGAGAGAAUGUUGCGAGAAACCAACGUCCGUAACCUUCGAUCACGAACAGUCGGAGUUGGAAGAUUGGGAUACGAAAAACGAAAUUCUCGCUCCAACUUUGUUGUCUUCGACUUGUGAUAUGUACCAUAAUAUUAUCUUGUAA